GUUCUGCCUGACUCCAGGUGCCUCUCCCUCCAGGCAUGGCGCUGUCCUGGGCCCUUGCUGUCCUGAGCCUCCUUCCUCUGCUGGAAGCCCAGAGCCCAGAGUGUGCCAACCUCACAGCGGCACCUAUCACCAACGCCACCCUGGACCAGCUCUCUGGCAAGUGGUUUUACAUAGCCUCGGCCUUCCGCUACCCAGAGUUCAACGAGUCGUCUAGAACGAUCCAAGCGGCCUUCUUUUACUUUGACAUCAACUACACAGAGGACAAAAUACUGGUCAGAGAUUACCUAACCAUAGGGAACCAGUGCAUCUAUAACUCCAGCUACCUGAAUGUCCAGCGGGAGAAUGGGAGUCUGUCUAAACACGAGUUCGGCAAAGAACAAUUUGGCUACCUCCUGCUCACCAAGGAUCCCACGACCUUCAUGCUUGCCUUCUUCCCGAAAGACGAGCAGAACAUGGGACUGUCCUUCUACACUGACAAGCCACAAGCGACCCAGGAGCAAAUGAGAGAGUUCCACGAAGCCAUCAUGUGCAUGGGCAUGCAGAAGUCAGAAAUCCUGUACUCCGAUGAGAAACAGUGGGUAUUGUGGUUUUCAGCACCACCCAAAUGGCCCCAAGCCCAGGACUACCAUCCUGACUUUUGCUGUAACUGACAAGUACGUAUAAAAUCAUCUUAAUGCUUUCCAUUCGACCUGUGCCCAAUGAGAGGCUUUACAUGGUCUUGCCCUGGGCAGUAACAUCUGAAAUCACAGAGCUGAUGAGCUGGUGACACUUUUGGGGGGGGGGGGAUAUACAUGAAAUACUUUCAGGAUUAUUGAAAUAAAAAUGUCUCUGCUGCCUGAGGUCAUCCCUCGUGACCACCCCUAGACCACCUCCCCUCCCUGCUCCUGGGAGCUGCGGGAAAGGACUGGGCUCGCAGCCCUGCUCCCCGCUUCCCCCCCCCCCCCCGCCCCAUCUGCUGGCUGGGGACCUUGGACAGGCCACACGGCCAUCCUGAACCUCGCUUACAUCACCUACCCAACGGUUGUGAGGAAUCCAGAUCAACAUAAAGGCUCGGCAAGUCCUCAGUAAAUGGCAGUUGUUCUAAGGGCUCGAGCCCCCCUUCUGAGGUGAAGCUGAGCCUCAGAGAGGAAAAAUGCCUUGCCCAAGGUCACCCAGCUAGGAGGCGGCAGGGCCUAAGCUGGGGCCACGGUCUGGAGCUCAUUCCACCCUUCCCCUGGCAAGAGCCCUGCCCUGCCCCCAUCACUGCGCUCCUUCUGUCUUCCAGGAUGUGUGUGGGCCAUUGGAGAAAGAGCACCAGGAAGAAAAGCAGAAGGAAAACGAGGGGUCCUAGGAGGA